AUGCCAGGGUUGCUGGUCUGCUAUUGGGUCGGCAACAUACUCUACCGCCUGGCCACCCUCAGGGCCGUCCGCCAGCUCUCCUCCCUGGCCACCAUGCUCGCGAACCUGCUGACCGUGCCGGUGACGUCGCUGGCCUUCUGCCUGCCGCUGGGGCUGCCGCUCUUGGGCCCGCCCGAGGCCUGCUCGCCACGCUUGGUCGGGGGCCUGCUGCUGCUGUGCCUGGGCUUGGCCGUCUUCAACGGGGCCCUCGUGCGCGGCGCCUACAAGCAGUUCCGCGCGCACCGCCGUGCGCGCCGCGAGGGCGGGGCCCGCCGCUGA